UCACUGCUCAUGUGCAGAUUUUUUCCUCAUAAAAAAUCGGCCAAUUUGCCCAUCAUUGCCGAAAAAAUCGGCCGAUCGGCAAAUUCGGCCGUUUUUUUUUUCCAACUUUACCGAAAAAAAAAUCUGCCAAAAUACCCGAAAAACGGCCGAACAAAUAGCCCACUAACGAUCCGAAAAUCGGCCGAUUUUAUUUUUCGACGAAAAAUCGGCCAAUUUUCGACCCAUCUAUGGCCUGCAUAAGA